GGAGGACAGGUGCAGCGGGGAAGACGUGAGUCUCUGUGACGUGUCACAGGGGUAAGACGGGAGAACGGGAGGCGCGCGCCAGGUCGGGGAAAGUGCGCGCUCUUGAGCGCAGGCGCCUCUGUGCGCCUGCGCUGCCGUUGCCAGGUACCGCCGGCGAAAGGACAACAACAAGGGGAGGGGGCAGCGGGGACUCCGGAAGGCCACUCUUUACCCGGAAGUAGUUGCAGAGGAACAUGGCGUUGCUGGUGCGAGUCCUUAGAAACCGGAUUUCCCAGUGGGUUCCAGUAUGCAGCCUAUUGGUACCUGUGUCCUCUACACAGGCACAGUGGGGCAGGGCUCUGUCUGGUACUUUCCAGUGGCCUCAGAUAAGCCAGUCCCUAGCGUGUGGUGGAUCAGAACAGAUUCCUGGGAUAGAUGUACAGUGGAAUAGGAAGUAUCAUACCACAAAUAAGCUUUUUACUACCAAGGAUUCCCCACAGCCUGUUGAGGAGAAAGUUGGUACCUUCACAAAAAUAAUAGAAGCCAUGGGAUUUACAGGACCUUUGAAAUACAGUAAAUGGGACACUGACAAACUGGAAUGUACUCAGAAGUGGGCAGUGAGUUUUGUGAAUGCUUCAGAAAGUGUGUUGAAUGAAGAGUGGUUGAAAGAAAUAGGAAUGCUUAACCUGGAAAAGAGAAGACAUGAUGACGGUUCUUCUCAGAAGAUUAAGAUUGCGGCCCUGCGCAUGUAUACUAGCUGUGUGGAGAAAACUGACUUCGAGGAAUUCUUUCUAAGGUGUCAGAUGCCUGAUACAUUCAAUUCAUGGUUUCUUAUAACUCUGCUUCACGUCUGGAUGUGUCUAGUCCGAAUGAAACAGGAAGGCCGGAGUGGGAAAUACAUGUGUCGUAUCAUAGUUCAUUUCAUGUGGGAGGAUGUUGAGCAGCGUGGCAGAGUCAUGGGGGUUAAUUCUUAUAUCCUGAAGAAGAAUAUGAUCCUUAUGACAAACAAUUUCUAUGCAGCCAUCUUGGGAUAUGAUGAGGGAAUCCUUUCAGAUGACCAUGGGCUAGCUGCUGCGCUCUGGAGAAGCUUCUUCAACCAGAAAUGUGAAGAUCCUCGACAGCUUGAAUUAUUGGUGGAGUAUGUGAGGAAACAGAUGCAGUACCUGGACUCCAUGAAUGGGGAGGAUCUGCUUCUGACAGGGGAGGUGAGCUGGCGCCCUCUAGUGGAGAAGAAUCCUCAGAGUGUCCUGAAGCCCCAUUCCCCAACUUAUAACGACGAGGGUCUUUGAUGGACUGGUCCCUCUGAACAGCUGGCCAGCUGGCUUUGAAGAACUGCCAGGAGAGAGGUGCUUGUUUGGCCCAGAACCCUGCAGAAAGUGGCCUGAACUGACCUUUGAACAGCAUCUGUCAAAUACCUGGCCCCAUUUGUGUUGAUUUUCCUUUUAAUAUGCCCAGGGGCCUGAUCUGGUGGGGUACAGUGCUGGGAGAACCCUUAGUUCUUCUGAGAUAUCCUCUCCCCCAAGAGAAGCCCUGAGCAAGAGCUCCCCAGCACACACUCCCCUGAUCCCUUCCAGUAACUAUGUGAUUGACAGCUUUUCCCAAAGGCUGCAGAGGGAUGGUGGUAAGUUAGAAACGGUACACUUCCACCAAGGGCCCACCAUGGCAAAGGAGCAGUUUGGAAUGCUGCUGAGUCAAGACGGGUAACCACACUCUGUCCUCUGGUUUUGAGCCAUGGGGUUGAGUUGGCCAUUAAAAGACACAGAGACAUAUCUCUGCAAUGACUCUUUAUUCCAGGGUUUUUUAGAAACUUAUCUGAGAUGGCAUUUGCCAUAAGCUGAGGAGCAUCACCCAGCUCAGAGACAGGAUGGGGAGAGGGUCAAGAGGAUCUCUGCUGCUGUUCUUGCCUCCAGUUCAUGGAGAUGUCACUGUUGUGGCCAAGGCAUAGCCUGCCAGGCUCCAUCCUCUGGGACCCAGGAGGCUUCUGAUGGCCAAGGGGCUUGUCACAUCCUGAGUUGUUUGGAAAGAAGACCCAAGAACAUAGGCCUUUUUGUCACUUCCCUAUUGAAUGGGGUGAGGGACAUGCUGUCUUUUCCUCUCUUGACUCCUUUAUGUGAGAUACUGGGGCAAAGAGAAUAUUUUUUUCUGGCUUAUCCCAGGGCCCAACCCCAUGCCCAGCUUUCUAGCUCCUUCCUAAUUUCUAGAGCGUGUGCUACAGAGCCACCUUGGUCUGUGCUCUUGAGGGUCAGUUGCCUCCUCCCUGAGUAUGGGUCAUCUCUUGGGGGAUUUUCUUUGCAUUGAAGGAAGGGGGCGGGGAACCAUAUUGCCCCUCCUUCCCCCAUCAAACUUCCUUCAUUUAACUUGCUAUAAAAUGAGUCAUAUAAAGAAAUUCUAUAUGGGUGAGGUAUAUCCCACUUCUGUGAAAACAUUACAAAUCAGACCGCCUUCUCUGAGUUUAUUUAAGAUGCUUUUGUUGCAAGCGGAGUUCUAGAGUGAAGCCUCCUCUGUGUGUGUGAGAUAAUAACACCUUGUAACUCAUUACAGCUGGGCACUAUUUACAUAAACCAGAGCUGAGCCAGGCAGGAAUUUGCUGAUUAAUUUAUUUUUAAUGGAGUGAAGUAUACCAUGCACCAAAAUAAACUUUACUGUGUGUACCUAA